AUGGCAAGCGACCGCAUCGUCGUGGCUGUAGAUCAGAACCUCGCAGAACUUCCCAAGGACGGCAAGGUGGUCGAGACAACCUCUUUAGGGUUGAGCGACUGGUGUGACACUACACAGUAUAAUAUUCAGCUUCCAGAUGGAAGCAUUCGACGAUUCUUCGAAAAGAAAGCAAGAGGUGAGGGGGGCCUAGAACAGAAUCGAGCACAUUGGCAUUCUGAGAGCAUCGCAUUCGGGAAGUAUGCAUCUCAGACGGACACAUAUUUUCUGCUCCUGGAGUUUGAGGAUAUGAUCGACGAUGAUGUUCCGCCCUCGGAGACAUAUAUGGCAGUCCCAAGUGCGCUUCAUCUCCGUAGCGCAGGGAAAUCCCCCACGGGAAAGUUUGGCUUCUCACCUAACGGUUGGGAGUCUUCCUGGGAAGUAUGGUGGACGACUCAUAUGAGAUUUCUUUUGGAAAGGGAAAGACUCAUUCGCGGCGUCUACGCCACAGAAGAAGAGGCAACAUUGGACUUCUUUCUGAAUACAGUGCUUCCUCGAUACUUGCAUCCCUUAGAGACGGAAGGCCGCUCCAUCAAGCCAACACUCUGCCACACAGAUCUUUGGCCUGGAAACAUCAAAUACAAGCUGGACAACGAGGCAGUCAUUGUGUACGAUGCAAACGCCCUAUGGGCGCAUAACGAAAUCGAGCUGGCACCAUUCCGCAAUCCGAGAUAUCCACUCGGAAAGGCCUACUUCCGAGAGUAUUGGAAGCAUGUGCCGAUCUCCGAACCCGAAGAAGAUGCCGACAGCCGCAUAAUCAUCUACUUGAUCCGCCACCAGGUCUGCUUGGCCAGCUUAUACCCCAAUGAGCUGAAGCUGAGAGAUGCAUUUCUCAGCAACAUGCGUCUUUUGGGCGCCUGA